UGGAUGAGCUGUGGGCCUGGCGAGCAGUGCCAUUGGCCGCUUGGCGGGGGGGAGGCGGGCCCCGGCGGCAGUGGCCGCCCGGGGCUGAGGUCUGUCUCGGCGGCAGCAGCGGAAGUCUCGCGAGGGAGCGUAGCCGGGAUUUGGCGGCUGGCUGCCUCCCUCUCGCUGGCUGCGAGGAGCUGGUGUUUGUGUGGAAGGGGGAGGAGGAGAAGAAGCGAGAGGAGCCCGAGCCCCACCAUCCGCCGAGGGGAGCGGACCGAAGUCCCCUCGCCACCCGGGGAGCUAUCUCCCCUCUUCGUCCCGCCAUGGCCUCGGGAGACACCUUGUACAUCGCCACGGACGGCUCGGAGAUGCCGGCCGAAAUCGUGGAGCUGCACGAAAUCGAGGUGGAGACCAUCCCGGUGGAGACCAUAGAGACCACCGUGGUCGGCGGCGAGGAGGACGAGGAAGAGGAGGACGAAGACGAGUGCUGCGAGGAGUGCGGCCCGCACCACCCACCCCAUCAUUACCACCACCACCAGCCCAUGAUCGCGCUGCAGCCGUUGGUUUCGGACGGGGACCCUAGCGGGGCGGGCGGCGGCGCGGCUGGCGGCGGCGGGGGACAGCUCCAUCUGCACCACCACCACCAAGAGGUGAUUCUGGUGCAGACCCGCGAGGAGGUCGUAGGGGGAGACGAUUCGGACGGACUGCGGGCCGACGACGGCUUCGAGGACCAGAUCCUCAUCCCAGUGCCGGCCCCCGCCGGGGAGGACGAGUACAUUGAGCAGACCCUAGUUACCGUGGCCGCCGCCGGCAGCAAGAGCGGAGGCGGCGGCUCCUCCUCGGCCGGCGGAGGAGGCCGCGUUAAGAAGGGCGGCAGCGGCAAGAAGAGCAGCAAGAAGAGUUACCUGAGCGGGGGAGGCGGCGGUGGGGCCGAGGGCGGCGGCGGCAGGAAAUGGGAGCAGAAGCAGGUGCAGAUCAAGACCCUGGAGGGGGAGUUCUCGGUCACCAUGUGGGCCUCGGAUGAUAAAAAAGAUAUUGACCAUGAAACGGUGGUGGAAGAGCAGAUCAUUGGAGAGAAUUCUCCUCCAGAUUACUCAGAAUACAUGACAGGGAAGAAACUUCCUCCUGGUGGGAUACCUGGCAUUGACCUCUCAGACCCCAAACAACUGGCUGAAUUUGCUAGAAUGAAACCAAGAAAAAUUAAAGAAGAUGAUGCUCCACGAACGAUAGCUUGUCCUCACAAAGGCUGCACAAAGAUGUUCAGGGACAACUCUGCCAUGAGGAAGCAUCUGCACACUCAUGGCCCUCGGGUACACGUAUGUGCAGAAUGUGGCAAGGCCUUUGUGGAGAGCUCAAAACUAAAGCGACAUCAGCUAGUUCAUACCGGAGAGAAACCCUUUCAGUGUACAUUUGAAGGAUGUGGAAAGCGUUUUUCACUGGACUUCAAUUUACGCACACACGUGCGAAUUCAUACUGGUGACAGGCCCUAUGUUUGCCCAUUUGACGGCUGCAAUAAGAAGUUUGCGCAAUCAACUAACCUGAAAUCUCACAUCUUAACACACGCUAAGGCCAAAAACAACCAGUGAAAGUUGGAGGAGAAAGUUCUUGAACUCAAAGCAUCUUACAGGAAUAUGAAUUGGAAAUAAAUAUGCCUCCCCUUUGUAUAUUGUUUCUAGGAAAGAAUUUUAAAAAGAACCCUACAAACCUAAAGGACGUGUUUUGAUAAGUAGUAAAUAAAAAGCAAAAAAAAACC